AUGACAUUUGUACGGUACGAAUUUUCUGGUAUUUUUCAUGAAGAUAUUUUGUUCUGCAAACCAAUUCCAUCCUCAACAAGCGGAAGUGAAAUUUUUUCUAUGUUUGAUGCCUUUUUCAUUGAAAACUCAAUACCAUGGAACAAUUGCAUUGACGUGUGCACAGAUGGUGCAAAGGCCAUGGUAGGUAAUGUUGCUGGCGUUAUUGCAAGGAUCAAAAAAGUUUCACCAAAUUGCACGAGUAGUCAUUGUGUAUUACAUCGACAUUCCCUCGCAACGAAAAAAAUGCCAGUGUUAUUAAAGCAAGUGCUUGACAACGCCGUUAAAAUUAUUAACCAUGUUAAGACACGACCUUUGCAGUGUAGACUGCUCAAAAUACUAUGUGAAGAUAUGGGAGCUUUAUUCAAGUCAUUGUUAUUACACACAGAAGUACGGUGGUUGUCGCGAGGUAAAGCAUUGUCCCGCUUACUUGAACUUCGAACGGAAGUUUUUUCAAUUUUGAAAGACAAUAAUAGUUUGCUAACAGAUUAUUUGAAUGAUCAGGAAUGGUUGUGCAAAUUAUGUUACUUGGCAGAUAUUUUUUCAAAAAUGAAUGAAUUUAGCACAUCUAUCCAAGGAAAACAAAAGACAAUAUUUGAUGCUAAUGAUAAAAUUUUUGCGCUAAAGAAAAAAAUAGCAUUCUACAUUGAAAGCGUCGACAAUAAAGACUUGACAUGUUUUUCAUUGACUUCAAACUUUUUAUAA